GAUAGUCAAAACAGGGCGACUGAUAAAGCCGACAGCGGAAUGGCCGCGAAUGUCCAGCAAAAUUGCAACAAUGUUGCGAAAAUGGAAAGUGACGUUGCGCUGGCAGAAGCCUCAACUAGAUCCACUUAAUUCAAUCAAAUUCGCACGGAUUAGAACGGAUUGGAUGACGUUCUGUUCAGAUGUCGGGAGCGCAGUUUGAAAACAACAUUCACCGUAGGCGAUCGGAAUCUCGGCUGGACAACAAUGCCUCGUGGCAUCUGGAAUCUUGAUCGGAUCGUAUUCCUAUGCCUCUGUUUCUUGAUACUCGGGAAUCUAAUCUGCAUUGAAGCCCAAAGAAGUACUGCGGGAAAGACGGAGCGUCGUAACUAUACGGGCAAGAAACCCGUGGUGAUCCAACACCGAUCCCAGGAUGCAGUCAACUAUUAUGAUCACGAAAAUGGCGCCAAGAUCAUAAAGUCUUCGCAUUUCGAGUUGGACUAUACCCUGGGUCGCAAGAUUACCUUCUUUUGCAUGGCUCAAGGCAACCCACGACCUUCCAUCACCUGGUUUAAGGAUGGAGCAGAGCUCUACCAGCACCGAUUCUUUCAGGUACACGAAUCUCAUAUCGAGGCGAAUAUUGUUAAAUCUAAAAUGGAAAUCGAUCCAACAACUCAAAUGGAUGCUGGUUUCUACGAAUGCCAAGCGGACAAUAUCUACGCCAUUGAUCGUCGAGGCUUUCGCACGGACUACGUUAUGGUUAACUUUUAAGCCAAGUUUCCUAUCACCAUUAACUAUACACUUGAACUAUUUGACCUUGUAAACCUAAAACCUAAAAUGCAUAUCUUAAACCAUACAAUUAAAUGCAAAAAUAUUUAAAAAUA